AUGCGGUUCCAGUUCCCCGCCGCCUGGCUGACGAUGUUUGAUGCGGUGUUGAUCCUGAUGCUGAUCCCUCUGAAGGAUAAGCUGGUGGACCCCAUGCUGAAGCGCAGAGGUCUCCUGCCCUCGUCUCUGAAGAGGAUCGCCGUGGGAAUGUUCUUCGUCAUGUGCUCCGCCGUCGCAGCAGGUAUUCUAGAGACGAAGCGGUUGGACAUAGUUCACUCUCUGGGGCCGAUCAGUCAGGUUAUGGGGGGAGUGACGUAUUACGCUGCUGAUCUGGCCAUAUGGUGGCAGGUUCCUCAGUACGUCCUCAUCGGCAUCAGUGAAAUAUUCGCCAGCAUUGCAGGUUUGGAGUUUGCGUACUCGGCGGCCCCUCGCUCCAUGCAGAGCGCUAUAAUGGGACUUUUCUUCUUCUUCUCUGGCAUCGGCUCCUUCGUGGGAUCCGGCCUGCUCGCCAUCGUCUCCCUCAAAUCCAUCGGCUGGAUGUCCUCACACAAAGACUUCGGUAACAUAAACGAAUGUAAGCUGAACUACUAUUUCUUCCUCCUGGCUGGAAUUCAAGGCGUCACCCUACUCCUCUUCCUCAUUGUGUCGGUGAAGUACGACAAGCAGAAGCCCAGAGCGGGCAGCCAUCGGCCUUCUCUGGCCAACUCAUGACACAUACAUGCAUAUAAACAUAGAGAAAACAACAGUCUCCCUUAGAAAUCCAGACAGCUUUCUGAGCUCCACACUAGAGCUGCACAAUGUGGAGAGAAUGCCAGUAUCAGGUUUUUUACCGCUGCAUAUUCUGAUUACAGUCAGGGGUGGAUAAAGUACAGCACCUCUGUUCCUGAGAGAAAGCACAAACACUCUUGGUCACAUAUUGCUGGAGUAAAAGUAGAAGCAUUCUGUCUUCAUAUCGAUUUGAGUGAAAAAGCACUUGCUUGUAAAUGUACUUAACUCUCUGUUGCAUGGUGUUGCCUCAGGGCAACAGACUCAUUUUCCUCACUUUA